AUGCCGAAAGCACUAGUAAUCGAGAAGGUGGAGGGCAAGCCCGGCAAAGUAUACUACCCUCUCAAGAACAUCGAACAACCGACCCCAAAGCCCAAGGACAACGAACUCGUCGUCGAAAUCUCCGCCGCCGCUUUAAACCACCGCGAUCUCUUCAUUCGUCAAGCUCUCUAUGGAGCCAUUGGUUUUGGAGUUCCGCUCCUCGCCGACGGUGUGGGAACUGUGACAUCUACUGGCUCGUCGGCAGAAGCCAAGAAGUGGCAGGGAAAGAGAGUGAUCCUCAACCCUGGACAUGGCUGGAAAGAUGAUGCAGAUGGCCCUGAGAAUCCAAAGGGAUACGCGAUAUUGGGAGGAACGAAGCUCAACCCUCUGGGAACUGCAGCGGAGGUCUUGACGAUCGAUGCGAGCGAGGUGGAAGAGGCGCCGAAGCAUUUGAGCAAUGCUGAAGCUGCGGCACUCCCUCUCGCUGGACUUACUGCUUGGAGAGCGUUGAUGACCAAAUCAGGACAGGCGAAACCUGGAAGGAAUAUUCUGAUUACGGGUAUUGGUGGUGGAGUUGCUGUAAUGGCGCUGCUUUAUGGCGUUGCUGCGGGAGCGAAUAUUUAUGUGAGCAGUAGCAGUCAGGAGAAGCUCGACAAGGCUAAGGCGCUGGGUGCCAAAGGUGGUGUGAACUACAAGGAGAAGGGUUGGGAGAAGACGUUGUUGGAGAUGUUGCCUAAGGAGAGGAAAAAGUUGGAUGCUAUUAUUGAUGGUGCGGGUGGCGAUGUGAUUGAGAAGGGAGCGAAGCUGUUACGGGAUGGAGGCAUUAUCUCUCAAUAUGGCAUGACUGUGUCGCCGAAGAUGACAUGGACGAUGCCAGCUGUGCUCAAGAACAUCGAGCUCCGUGGAAGCACGAUGGGUUCGCGAAAAGAGUUCGCUGAGCUGGUCAAGUUUGUCAAUGAGAAGAAUCUCAAGCCAUUGGUUCACAGGACUGUGCAGGGCAUUGACAAUUUGAAGGAUAUUGACAGUCUAUUCGAGGAUAUGAAGAACGGAUCACAGUUGGGCAAGCUGGUGAUUGAGAUUAGGCCUGAGGGAGCAAAGAGCAAGUUGUAG